UCACAUAUCAGUGUAACACACAACAUUGGCAGGCAGCGCUGAGCUGGAGUAGAGAAACAACAACACAUCUAGCAGAUAACGGAAUUAUAUAAGUAUUAAAAUAUAUUGUCACCAGUAUAUURCCGAGUGUUGUUAAGUAGUUAAUCAAUGUAGCUAAUGGUGCUGCGAUAGSUAACAUUAACCCUCAACAUUUCUUAGCUGGCACAAGCUAGUUAGCUCGGAGCUAGCAUGCGAGCUAGCUAUAUUUAAUAAUUGUUGGAAAGUCUGGCAAGUGGUAGCUAGGUUUCUUAUAACCAUGUAGCUAGCUCCUGUAAUGUUAAAUAUCAAUUGACAAACAAUUUGCUUACUCGACGUUAAAAUAUGUACAUUCAUUCAUCUUCAUUUGAUUUACAAGGCGAGCGAAAAUCUAUGUAUAAACAGUCUGAAAAUAGCUUCUUCAAAUGUGGUGAAAAGACAAGCCCUAUCAGUGUAAUUUUGGUUACUUCRGGUAGCCGAGGGAACAAAUUGCUCUUUAGGUACCCAUUUCAACGGGUUGCAGAUUGCACAUCUUCACUCACGACAAAACAGCGAAGUCCAUAUGCAUUGAACACUACAGGAGAUGUUCUUGAAGACCCGGAUGGAGAUUCAAGGUUCUCUGACAUCAUCCUCGCCACUAUCUUGGCCACCAAGUCUGAUAUGUGUGGGAAGAAGUUUGAGCUGAAGAUAGACAAUGUGCGUUUCGUUGGGCACCCCACCCUCCUCCAGCAUCCUCACACCAUUCAGGUGUCCAAGACAGACCCCUCACCUAAGAGGGAGAUGCCCACCAUGAUCCUGUUCAGUGUUGUGUUUGCUCUGAGAGUAAGAACAUAUGUGUUGUUGUCUCCCAGGCCGUAUCAUGCUCUGCUGUUGCUGGACAGUGAGAARGCUCUGCUGGCCCAGCUGCCUUUGGACUGCUCUCCUGCUCUGGUGCGCCUCRUUAAGACCUGCUCUGCAGUCAAGAACCUGCAACAGCUGGCACAGGAUGCAGACCUGAACCUGCUACAGAUCUUUCAGAUUGCUGCUCACCUGGUGUACUGGGGAAAAGCCAUCAUAGUGUACCCUCUGUGUGAGAACAAUGUCUACAUGCUGUCCCCACACGCCAACAUCAGCCUGUACUCUCCAUUGGCUGAGGCGUUUGGCCAGCAGUUCCCAGGUCAUGACCUGCCUUCCAUGCUGGCCAAGUUCUCCCUGCCCCUCUCACUGUCUGAGUUUAGGAACCCACUGGAUGCGUCUGUGCAGGAGGUAGGUCUAUUAGGAAUGAUCCAAUGGUGGUUGGAUGUCGCGGCGGCCGCUGAUCCCAGCUUCAUGACCUUGUUGUCUGCUGUGCCCCCCAGUGAGGAGGAGCCAGGUUGCUGCGGGACGAGGAAGUCUCCCCUGGUGGCCCGGGUGGGACGCAGCCUCAGCACGCCCGCACUCAGCUUCGGAUCUCCAAGUAUCAGUGAUGACAUGACCCUGACCAGUCCCAGUAUGGAUAACUCCAGUGCAGAACUGCUUCCUGGUGGAGACUCUCCACUAAACAGGAGGAUGACCGAGACGUUACUGGCCAGCCUGACCGAGCACGAGCGCCAGGUCAUCCUCAAUAUCCCGGCUGCACAAAGUCCUGAAGACCUGCGCAUGUUUGCCAGGCUGCUGCACUACUUCCGAGGGCACCAUCACCUGGAGGAGAUCAUGUAUAACGAAAACAUGAGGCGCUCUCAGCUGAAGACCCUCUUUGACAAAUUCAGAAGUGUUCUGGUGGUCACCAACCAUGAGGACCCUGUCAUCUCCCUCUUCCAGUCUCCUCUGGAGUAGAGAGGGUAGACAGGUCUGUCAUCUCCCUCUUCCAGUCUCCUCUGGAGUAGAGAGGGUAGACAGGUCCGUCAUGAGGUGAAGGACCCUUUCUGAAAUACCAGACGGACAGAAUGACACGGACUGCUGCUGUACAAAGGCCUUAUUAUGGUGCUUGCUGCUUUCAGCCAACUGUACUCAUAUCAAUGCACCCCCCAAAAAAUAAGAUUUAUAAAAGCAUAACUGUCUGCUCUGCUUGGGGGACUGGGAGUGAAUGUAUAUAGCUUUUAGAUGAUUUAAUUUGUCCCUUUCUCUCUUAGAUGUUUUACGUUCAAUGCCUUGUUUUCAAUACUACUGUACAUUAUUGAAUAACAGUGUGUGAAGAGCUUUACUGAUACCUAUAAACUGUACUCCACUUGAGCCUUUCCAUUUGGGGGAAUCCCAAAAGUGCUAAAUCAUCUCCAACAAACACAAUGUAGGAAAACAACCCUAAUGCUAAUUCCAGGCUGCAGGCAAGGCUGCCUCCCCCAGGAGUCUCAGUGGGAGGGAAAGAAUGAAAAGAUGCCAAACAUCAGUCAUGCUGUUUUUGCUUUGAGAGGAGGAGCAAGACGUUCCAAACAUCUGUGACAUCAAUGAUUCCAAGAKAACUUUUCAAGCAAGGAUGUUUAUUAAUGAGAAUGACUGGAAAGGAAAUUCUAGUUGCUUUGAUAGCAGGGAGGGGAGGCUAGAUCAAAUAUUUUACAGAUGUUUGGAAUGUAGUUUAAUCAUUUGUAGCAUACAAAUAUGGCAUAUUCCWUAUCUGUGGGAUUUGUGUUUGGGAAACAAUGUGUCUAAGUAGAAGUAAUGAUAUAUUUCAUCUGGAUUCCCCUCAGAGCAAACAUUUUGGCUUUGGGUCUUUUGCAAUGAUUUCCCCAUAGCUAGACCAAAAUACUGAAAUAGCUCAUAGCUGACAUGUUUUCAUUUGCAUUAUGUCUGUAAAAACCUGGUUAUAGUUAGGAUUAAAAAAAACAUUAAGUAUA